AUGGCAGUCGACGAGCGCAAGGUCGCCCUCAUCACGGGCUGCUCGGAGCCCAUCUCGCUCGGCGCGAACACGGCGCUGGCGCUGCACGAGCGCGGGUAUCGCGUGUUCGCGAGCGCGCGAAACAUCAAGACGCUCGAGCCACUGCGCGUGCAGGGGCUGGACGUGCUCGCGCUCGACGUGACCUCUGAAGAGUCGAUCGCCGCGGCGGUAGAGACGAUCACCGCCGCUGCCGGCCGCCUUGACGUGCUCGUCAACAACGCGGGCGUGGCGGGCCGCGCGGCCAUCGUCGACGCCGACAUGGACCGCGUGCGCGCCAUGUUCGAAGUCAACGUCUUCGGCCCGAUGGCGCUCACGAGCGCGUUAGCGCCGCUGCUUGUCGCUGCGCGCGGAGCGUCGGGACGCGACAGCGUCGUGGUGAACAUUGGCAGCGGGGUCGUCCUCGGCUAUCCCUUCCUCGGGGCGUACAGCGCGUCCAAGGCCGCGCUGCAGACGUGGUCGGACACGCUGCGCCGCGAGCUGUCGGCGCUGCAUGUUAAGGUUAUCACUGUGGAGCUUAUGCUCGUGCGCACCGCCCUCGGCAAGGGCGAGAAGCCGUUCGUCGUGGUCAAGGACAAGCCGUUGGGCCUGUACGACUGGGCCGGCAUUGUCGCGUACAUCAAGACUGUGAUGGGCGGUGCGGCGAACCAUACCGCCACCACGUCCGAGGACGCCGCGCGCGACAUUGUCAAGGCCAUCGUGGCCCCCAACCCGCCAGGCAAGCUGUGGACCGGCGGCGGCACCUUCCUCGCCAGGUGGGUUGUGCCGUUCCUCCCGCGCUGGUACGUCGACUUCAAGCUCUGCAAGAUGUUUGGCAAGGGUAAGGCAUGGUAG